AUGUCGAGUUCACCCACACCCCUUCGCAAGCGCUCCAAAUGGGACGAAGAUGACCAGGACAACGAGGCUGUUGUGCGCCAGCCUAUCUUAAAGCGGAAGGCCAAGCCUAAAGCUGUCAGCAGCGAAAGUCAAACACCUAGUCGCACAGAAUCACCCUCCUCGCAAUCCAGACCACGGUCAAAUCACAGUCUCUUCGUUCCCCCAAGAACAUACCAUCCACCAUUCAUACCAUCACGCUCAGUCUACUGCUAUGAGAGAUUAAAUUCCAUCGAGGAAGGGUCGUACGGUGUCGUCUUCCGCGCGAAGGAAAAACAAACCGGAGAUAUCGUGGCCCUGAAAAAGUUAAAGCUCGAUGAGGAGAAACAUGGGUUUCCUAUCACUGCCCUGCGCGAGAUCAACGCGUUGAUGACCUGCCGCCACGAGAACGUCGUCGGCAUUCGGGAGGUAGUAGUCGGUGACACCCUGACCCAGGUUUUCAUCGUCAUGGACUUCAUUGAGCACGACCUCAAGACUCUGUUGACCCUGAUGCCCUCCCCGUUCUUGCAAUCAGAGAUCAAGACGCUCAUGAUUCAGCUUCUAUCGGCUGUCGCUCAUUGCCAUUCGAUGUGGAUCCUUCACCGAGACUUGAAGACCAGCAAUCUACUCAUGAACAAUCGUGGCACAAUCAAAGUGGCAGACUUUGGCCUUGCCAGACGGUACGGCGAUCCAAUUGGUGUAGGAGGUUUAACACAGCUUGUUGUCACUUUGUGGUACAGAGCUCCUGAAAUCCUCCUUGGUGCCAAAUCAUAUUCGACGGCCGUGGAUAUGUGGUCUGUUGGCUGCAUUUUCGCUGAGCUUCUCCUCAAGGAGCCGCUCUUUCAGGCCAAAGGUGAAAUUGAGCUUCUAUCAAUGAUAUUCAAGCUCCUUGGACCGCCAACCAACAAUUCUUGGCCGGAGUACUCAUCCCUACCGCUGGCAAAAACUAUCACGCUACCCUCACCACAGCCACACCAGCUCCGCCAAAGAUUCCAGUACAUGACCACGGCAGGCAUCGAUCUGCUCAUGUCAUUAUUGACAUACGAUCCUGAGCGCAGGAUCUCAGCGGAAGAAGCUCUGCAACAUCCUUAUUUUACAGAGUCACCACUUCCCAAACACCCAGAUUUAUUCGGAUCAUUUCCCUCCGCUGCUGCGGGGGAGAGGCGGCGCAAGCCGUUUGAUAGCCCCACGGCCCCAGCCAGGGCUGCAGACCAGUUGCUCUCGAAUCUAGACCCUCCAUAGGCCUUAUCAUCGUCGCAAUGGUAUCCUGGUCUGAUUCUUGGGUGUCCCCAUAGCUAACAUGGCGUUUAUUGCUUCUGUGUGGGAGACGAAUCAAGCUAGCCUUGCUCUU